AUGCGAGGAUGUCUGCGAGCGCUUCGAUGGCUGAGCACAUCGACCAGGCGCCCGACCUGCGGGCUGCUCCAACCUCCGUUUUCUUCGUCUGAGAGGAUCCGAUCCUUCACCACCUCUGUCGCGCGGCACGCGCAAAGUCCCAAGGUGGUAUCAGAACUCGAGCAACGGAUUGCGGCCAUUCCGAUCGAGCGGUUUCGCAAUUUCUGCAUCGUCGCCCACGUCGACCAUGGCAAGAGCACGCUGUCCGACCGGCUGCUCGAACUCACCGGCGUCAUCCAGCCGGGCGAAAACCAGCAGGUCCUCGACAAGCUGGACGUGGAGCGGGAGCGCGGAAUUACCGUCAAGGCUCAGACAUGCACCAUGUUAUACAACCACAAUGGCGAGGACUAUCUCCUCCAUCUCGUCGACACGCCGGGCCACGUCGACUUCCGCCUAGAAGUAUCCCGCAGUUACGCCAGUUGCGGAGGGGCACUGCUCCUGGUGGAUGCGAGCCAGGGAGUGCAGGCGCAAACGGUUGCCAACUUCUACUUGGCCUUCGCCCAGGGCUUAGAACUCAUCCCCGUCAUCAACAAGGUGGAUCUUCCCUCGGCAGAACCGGAGCGUGCCCUCGAGCAAAUGAGAAACUCGUUUGAGAUCGACACGGACAAUGCGGUGAUGGUGUCCGCCAAAACGGGACUGAAUGUCGAGAAAUUGCUUCCCACAGUUAUCGAGAAGAUACCAGCACCCGUCGGCGACCAGACUAAACCCCUUCGCAUGCUCCUCGUGGAUUCGUGGUAUUCCACCUACAAAGGUGUGAUCCUUCUUGUCCGGAUCUUCGAUGGAGAGGUUCGCGCGGGAGAUCAGGUGGUAUCCUUUGCUACUGGUCUCAAAUACUAUGUGGGUGAAGUCGGGAUCAUGUACCCUGAACAGACACCUCAGACGGUCCUACGCGCCGGGCAAGUGGGCUAUAUCUACUUCAACCCGGGUAUGAAACGAAUCCAGGAGGCCAAGAUUGGAGACACGUAUACCAAGGCUGGCUGUGAAAGGAUGGUGGAACCGCUUCCCGGGUUCGAAGAGCCAAAGGCGAUGGUCUUUGUGGCGGCCUAUCCGGUCGAUACAAACCAUUUCGAGCAUCUCGAAGACAGCAUCAACCAGCUCAUACUGAAUGAUCGGAGUGUCACGGUGCAGAAGGAGUCGUCGGAGGCACUGGGCGCAGGUUUCCGACUGGGCUUCCUGGGCACUCUGCACUGCUCCGUGUUCGAGGAUCGACUGCGGCAGGAGCACGGCGCGAGCAUCAUCAUCACUCCGCCGACUGUCCCGGUCAAGAUUAUCUACAAGGAUGGGAAAGAGAGCAUCAUCACCAACCCCGUCCACUUUCCGGACGAGGAGACCAUCCGCAACAAGGUUGCUGAGAUCCAGGAACCGUACGUGUUGGCCACGCUUACGUUUCCCGACGAGUACCUGGGCAAGGUGAUCGAACUGUGUGAAGCAAACCGGGGCAUCCAGAAGAGCCUGGAGUAUUUCACCCCGACGCAGGUGAUCCUGAAGUAUGAACUGCCGCUGGGCCAGCUGGUCGAAGACUUCUUCGGCAAGCUGAAAGGAUCGACGAAAGGCUACGCCAGUCUGGAUUACGAGGACUCGGGCUGGAAGGCGAGCAACAUUGUGAAGCUGCAGCUGCUGGUGAACAAGAAGCCGGUGGACGCGAUCUCGCGGAUGGUACACGCGAGCCAGGUGGAGCGACUGGGGCGGCAGUGGGUGACCAAGUUCAAGGAGCACGUCGAGCGGCAGAUGUUCGAGAUCAUCAUCCAGGCAGCGGUGGGCCGACGGGUGGUGGCGCGCGAGACGAUCAAGCCGUACCGCAAGGACGUGCUGGCCAAGCUGCACGCCAGCGACAUCACGCGGCGGAAGAAGCUCCUGGAGAAGCAGAAGGAAGGGCGGAAGCGACUGAAUGCGAUUGGGAAUGUGAUUAUUGACCAGAAAGCGUACCAGGCGUUUCUGGCGAAGUAG